AUGUCUUAUGUCCCUUCUUUUGUUUCAACAGAAUAGCCACUUUAUCUUAAAUUACAGAUUUCUUAGAUUCCUGCAGCAUGGGAUGAAAUAAAAUUGAAAAAUUUUCUAUCAAAUUAAGGAUAUACAGUGUCUGAUGUGUAAAUGUUAAAAAAAGAUGAUCGUAUUAAAUAUAAUAUAAUUUCAAGCUAAAUCUAAGGGUGCAGCUAUAGUCAAAUUCAAUAAAAUGCAAGAAGGAGAAAAAGCUACAAAAUAAUUGAAAGAAGUAGCAGUGGAUGGAAUGCAGCCUCUGGUACUUAAAUGGGCAGAAGGUGAAAAAGAAAGGUUGGGAGUAGCAGAGGAAACAUCUCCUAAAAUAUAAAUUGAUGGAUUAUAGAAGGAUUGUGAAGAGGCAAUGAUUAAAGAGAUAUUUAUGAAAUAUGGUCAAGUCACUGAUGUUUAGAUCUAGAAUUAAGGAUAAUCUUCAAUUAGUGCCAUAGUGUCAUAUACUUUUAAAGAGAGCUGUUUAUUGGCAAUAAAAAAUAAUCAUAAUAAGAAUUAGUUAGGGUAUUACUCUUAAUACUAUCUAUAUAUAUAGUGAUCGGCCAUUAGAUGUUAGAUUUUUGGGGUAGCCAGCAACUAUAGCCAAAUCAUAAUAUCCUGAGACACCUGCAAAUGAAGAAGGAGAUCCAAUUAGAGACAUUGUAAAUUUAUUAUAAUAAUUAGACUAAAUCAUAUACAAGAUGGUUGGAUUAAAAGAAGAAACCAAUUUACAUUCAUUGGGAGACUGGAGAAAUUGUAAGAAGGUUUAAAAUUGAUAAUGAUAUAAUAGUGUGAGUUUUGGUUCAAUUAUAUAUUCACCAGAUGGAAGCAAAGAAAUAAUUACAAAAGAAAAGUAUUUGAAUGAUUUAGCUACUUUUAAUUCUAAAAAAACAGGGCCACCUGGAGCAAAUCUUUUUGUUUUUCAUUUACCAAAUGAACAUAAAGAUUCUGAUCUUAUGGAUUUAUUUUCAUCAUAUGGAAAUGUAAUAUCAGCAAGAGUCAUGACAGAUCCAAAAACUGGUAAAAGUAAAGGUUUUGGAUUUGUGAGUUUUGAUAAAUAAGAGAGUGCAUAAAAAGCAAAAGAAGCUAUGGAUGGACAUUUGAUAGGUAAAUUGAAAAAAAAAAUAUUUAAGAUAAGAAAAAGUUAUCAGUUACAUUUAAAUAAGGUGAUGGAACUCCAUGUUAACCAUUAUAAUAUUAAUGGUUACCAAGUAUUCAAUAAGUAUAAUUUGAUCCAUUUGAUUUGUGA